AUGCGCCAUCGAUCUGCGUCUAUGGCUGCAAAACAUGGCCAGUCGCUGCCUCACCUGCAAACGGCUGAGGUGACACUCCUGGACUACGCUGCAGAUGCCUCUCAUGAUGUUGUGACUUUGUCCGACAAGGAGGCUUUAGUCCUACAGCUCUACAACCAGAUCCAGGAACAACAACUGGAAAAGGCAUUUCUGGAACAAGACCUGGAAACAGCGUCGGGUGGAGAUGCCGAGGAACAGCUUGCGCUCGCGGAGCGUGAGCUCCUAGAGGCGCGGUCUACAUACAUGGUCAGGAGGAAGGCCAUCCGCACUAUCCUCAUGACCGAUCCGAUUCUCAAAGCCGUUCACCUGAAGGCUGCUACCCCCGCCGAGAGGGCCCUUCUUCGCCUGGUGAAUCGUCGGGAUGUCCUUGCCCUCGCGCACGAGAAUCUUGCCUCGGCCCAUGACCUAGUGCUGAAGCAGAUCUCCAAUACCGAAGUGGAAAAUCUACAGCUCAAUCGCGACAAUCAGGAGCUGGUUCGUGAGCUAUUGGAACUCACCAAGCAGGACUCGUCAUGGCGAGAGAAGAUCGGUGACUCCCAACUGAACGAAUUAGAAGCGCUGGAAGGCGACCUGAAGGUGCGCAAAGCGCGUUGGGAAACCAUGAAAAACAUUGCCAGCGCGGUUGUUGUGGCGAGUGGAUUGGACUGGGCUGAUGACGACAUGCUGCGCGCCCUGGUGCUAGAUGAAAGCGACGAUUGA